AUGUCUUCGACAAAACGAGCACGCGAGAUCAACGUCACCGACGAACAGGUCAAGCGCUCACGUCGCUCGCGAUGGGGCCACGAUGAGGAUGAUGACACAAAUGUUGAGAAACGAAAUGCUUCAACGAGUCCCAAAACUUUGAGUGAUAUUGUAAAGCGCUUAUCGAGUGUCGUUCAAGAGAAGACAGCGCCGGAAGAGCUACAAGCCCUAGCAGCGGCGGCUACGCGUCCGCUUUUUGGCGAGAGUGGUCAAUUAGACGCGCAGGCGGCACGAGCACGAGCUUUGGCACAAGCAAGUUUAUUGUCACUUAGCGUCGCAAAUGGAAGUUUGUCGCAGAAUGAUCUGGCGAGACGAUUGUACAUUGGCAACUUGUAUUAUGAUCUUAAGGAGGAUGCCAUUCGUAGUGUCUUUGCUCCGUUUGGGGCGAUUCACUCAAUCGAUUUAUCUUUGGAGCCAGGUGCAUCGCGAUCCAAAGGCUUUUGUUUUUUGGAGUACGAAGACGUGCUGGCAGCUGAAAGCGCUGUGCAAGUGCUGAAUGGAACAAUGCUGGCCAAUCGCUCGAUACGGGUAGGACGACCACACCGUGGAAAUACGAAUCCUAACGAUUCACUGUCGAUCGGACAAGAGGCAAUUAAAAAUAUUCCAACCAAGUGCGUUUAUAUUGCAAAUGUACGACUGGAGCUCAACAGCCAGCACUUAGAGAGUAUUUUCUCUCCCUUUGGAACUAUUCACUCGUGUGUUAUGGCGGCAGCCUCACCCUUGGAAGCUGGAGUGCACCGUGGGUAUGGCUUCAUGCGUUUUGUGGAAGAGAGCUGCGCUAUGAGUGCGAUCCAGCAUAUGAAUGGUUUUGAGCUGGCUGGACAGCCACUUAAGGUUGGUAAAGCUAGCGAAGCCGCAAUGAUCAUCAACCUAGCCACCAGUCAAGACAAAGUGGUGCGCAUUGGUCCAGGAGCUAUGAUUGACAAGAUUAAUGCGGCUGAGUCCGAAACGAAUCCUUUUGAAGAAGAUGACGUUGACAAAGUCAUGGAUCCGAACGAUCUGAACGAUAAGUGCUGCCUUUGUUUGAUGAACCUCGUGAAAUGUGGAGAAGUCGAUGACGAGUUAAAGGAUGAGGUGCGUGGUGAAUGCGGCAAGUUUGGUGAUAUCCAGAAAGUGGAGAUCCACGAAUUGGCAGACCACGUGCGCGUAUUUGUGUUGUUUAACGAUGCAGUUGGUGCUUCGAAAGCUAAACAAGCGUUACAUGGCCGAUUCUUUGGUGGGAAUCAGGUACAAGUGCAUUACUUUUCUCUUCGAGAGCUGGAGCAGCAGCGAUACACGAGUGGAUUUUUGUGA